AUUGAGGAAAACAAGGCCCUGCUGAAGAGCAAGUACGAGAGCGCCAAGGCGCUGGGUGCCGCUGUCAACGAGUCCAAGAACCGCAUCAACGAGCUGCGAGCCGGUAUCGAGCGGCACCGCAUGCAGCGCGCCGCGGCGGCGGUGGCCGCGGGCCAGGCCGUGGAGUCCCUAGAUGAGGACGACAAGGAGCGGCACAGCAAGGAGCUCAUGGAGCAAGAGAAGGCCCGCUACAAGGACGCGUUCGGACAGCUGCGCGAGCUGAAGAAGGAAAUCGAGCACUUGCACAUGUUGUUGGAGCAGAGCCGCACGCGGCUACAGCGAGAUUUUGAGCAGUGG